AGGCCGGCUCGGGUAGCCCAGGGCAGAAGCGCUGUGGCUCCUCGGUGACCGCGCAGAGGCAUCGUGAAGAAAGAGCGUAGCCGGAGUUGCUGGCUGAUUUCCACCCUCUCCCAAUCGGUGCAUCUGGGGGGGGUGCAAAAAAAGGCCACAUGAAGCACUCUGCUCUUCCCGUCCUCCACUCCUGACACUGGCCGCAGGUGGCUAUGGGGUUCCUUGGCUCCAAGAGCUCCUUGUUGGCGUUCCACCUAGGCCUCAUCGCUGGCUUUGUCAGCACCUUCUACCUCAUGGGCAACCUGACAUGGGAAGGGCCCCCACGCCUUGGCACCCAGCUGCCGCGUGGCUACAAGGACCCGGAGUGGAUUGUCGAUAGAUCAGCUCUCUUCAGCGUGGCACACCCGCACCUGGAAGGUGAGGAGAGCAGCAUGGCUGACGAGCUGUAUGACAAGGUGCGGAUCCUGUGCUGGGUGAUGACAGGCCCCAGUAACUUGGAGACGAAGGCUCGCCACGUCAAGGCCACCUGGUCGCGCCACUGCAACGUGGUCCUCUUCAUGAGCUCCGUGCAAGAUGACAACUUCCCCACUGUCGGGCUGGGGACCAAGGAAGGCCGGGACCAGCUCUACUGGAAAACCAUCCGGGCUUUCCAGUACGUGCAUCAGCACCACUUGGAGCAGGCGGACUGGUUCCUCAAGGCCGACGACGACACCUUUGUGGUGGUGGACAACCUCCGGUGGCUGCUCUCCAACUACACCGCCGACAGGCCCAUCUACUUUGGCAAGCGCUUCCGGCCCUUCGCCAAGCAAGGCUACAUGAGCGGGGGAGCCGGCUACGUCCUCAGCAAAGAGGCCCUGCGGCGCUUUGUGGCUGGUUUUGAAUCCAAGGUGUGCAGCCACACGACUUCAGUGGAGGACCUUGCCCUGGGCCAGUGCAUGGAGAAGAUGGGUGUGGAGGCUGGGGACUCGCGGGACACAGAGGGGAGAGAGACCUUCCAUCCUUUCGUGCCGGAAUCUCACCUGACGGAGAAGUUCUCAAAAAGCUUCUGGUACUGGAACUACUGCUAUUACCCCAUUGUGGAGGGUCCCCAGUGCUGCUCCGACUUGGCCGUCUCCUUUCACUACGUGAGUUCAGAGUUGAUGUACACCUUGGAAUACCUGUGCUACCACCUUCGCGCUUACGGCUACAGGUAUCGCUACCACCCGCCUUUGCCUGAGAAUGCUGCUCAUCUCCAGCCCCGCCCUCGGGGGGAAGCCCCGGAGAGGACCAAUAGUACUACACUGCAGACUGAGAAGAAGGUGUAGGGGCGGAUCCCUGGCACGUGACCCUUGAGCAGAGCGGCCCAGCCCAGCCAUCCUUGGACAAGACCAGUGCCCCUGUUAUGGGGCCAUCUACACAGGAAAAAGCCACAAGAGCUGAGCAGGAGACAAGCCGAGAGAUUUCUUUUGAUCCCUAAAGGUGUGUGUGCACGCACACUUGCCACACAAGGGGUCUUGCACAUGGCAGAGGAGCCAUUUUUAUUUGUGUGCUGAGAAGCAAAUGUCUGGCCUACUAUGGCACUGCUUGGCCUAUCCUAUGCUCGCUCGUUUUCCUACUGCAAACUGGAGAGGCCCAAGCCUUCCAUGCGCUGUAAAGCAGUUUCUUGCUUAGUAAGUGCUCUUGAUGCACUGGGGUGGGGAGACUGGUCCCUGGGUGGUGGGGAAGAAGAGGGGAUAGAGGGGCUCUUGUGGGUCCUGGAAGGGAGAGCCGAACUCACAAGGGGGUGGUGCCUGCCGCCAUCACAAGAAUGAGGCACAACUGCAUGGCCAUAGACUGAGCAAGGAGAGCACCACAGCGUAGGGCUUGGGUUUUACCACUGGAGAAAGAAUAGUAAGGGUCCUGGCUGGUCAGUGGUUGGUGCCAUUGUGGUAAGAGGGACCCAGCACUACAAGAGGGGGACGCACGGUCCGUUUGCACCCUUGCAAGCUGUGUUCGGGGCCUCGCAGUUGAUAUUAUAGGAUGAAGUGCUUGUAUCUCCUGUGCCUGCAAUUUCCCCCCAUUAUUAGGUUUCUUGAUACCAGAGCCUAAUAAUUAAGCCAUCUGCCUUUAACGUCAACACGUUCCAAGUCGGGGUUCUUCACUCUUGGGUCCCCAGAUGUUGUUGGACCACGAGUCCCAUCAGUCCCAGCCAACAUAGCCUUGUUGUUCAAGGGAAAGAGAAGGAGAGAAUAGGAAGAACAGAGAGCUGGCAGGUAAGCAAUUAAAAAAGGUAGGGGAAUGUUUUUUUUUUAAAGUGGCAGUUUGUGGCUUAAGGCAGGUCCCAAAUCCGGAAAGGCUAAAGACCUGGGAGCCUGCAGUUGUUUCUCAACUGCACAUUCCAUCAUCCUCGACCAUUGGCCGUGCUGGCUGGGGCAGAUGGGAGUUGUAGUUCCGCAGCAUCUGGAAGGCAACAGCUUCACCACUCCUUGUAUGAGACACCCUAACUGUGCAUGGUCCUCAACAUUCACAUGAAUAAAGAUGCUGCUGUAUUAUGGCCA